AUGCACUUAUGGAUUUUUGUUGCUUUUUUUGCUAUAUCGAAUGCUCAAAGUAAUUUAACUGCAUUAACAUCAAUCAAAUCAUGUCCCAGUUCACAUUCAUUAUGUGGUGAGAGCAUUUGUUACGAUCCAGCUACACAAAACUGUACUGAGCUCGACAAAAUUGUUCUAUGUAUUGGUAUUUGCGGAAAUCAAUGUUACAAUCCAAAUACACACCAAUGUUUCAAUGGUACAGUAUUGAGUACUAUUAAUGAAUGGCCACAAGCUUUUCCAGCAGUUACGAUUUGUAAUUAUUCGCCAUUUCGUUAUGAUACAUUCAUUGGACCUUAUUUAAACUAUACAAAUUCACUCAAUCUAACAAAUACAACUGAUACAACUGCAUUUACAGAACAACAAGCACUCUAUGCUUAUGAUUAUCUUCAGUAUAAACUUAAUCGAAAUGAAUCUGUAAAUGAAUUUUACUAUCCACUUAGUUCAAUGCUUAUAAAAUGUGUUUAUAAUGGUGCUAAUUGUUCGGCUGCUGAUUUUGUUCAAUUUACAUCAUCCACCUAUGGUUUAUGUUAUACAUUCAAUGCACAAGCAUCUCACGUUAAUAAUGGUACAAUACAUUAUAAUAAUGAAAAUGGAUAUAGUGGAGAACUUGAAUUAGAUUUAUAUAUACAUAGUCAUCAAUAUGUUCCAUAUUUAACUGAUACUGUAAGUAUUGUAACUAUGGUUCAUGAUAAUACACAAUUACCUCUCAUUGAGAGAAUUGGUAUUCAAAUGGUACCAGGACGAAAGCAUAACUUAGAUUAUCGAAAGAAAACGAUCAGUUUUUUACCAGCACCUUAUACGACAUGUAGUACAAGUGUGACUCCCGAAAUGCAAGCUAUGUUUAAUCAAUUUUCAGGUGCAAAAUAUGCUUAUGGAUUAGAAAUAUGUUUUAAUAUUGCUGUGCAAACCUAUACGUAUGAUCAAUGUGGUUGUGUUAGUCCUUAUGAAUGGUCUUCUCGUUAUAUUAUUCCACAUGGUACUAAGAAUAUUAUUUAUGCCAAUCUAUGCAAUAUAUCCGAUCCCUGUUAUUCUAAUGCAGCCAAUAUAUUUCAAGGUUCACUCUCUAUAUCGGGCGAUUAUGCUCCAAACUGUGGUUUAGAAUGUAACCAAAAUGUAUUUGCACUUCAACUAUCUUCUGGAUUAGCUCCAAGUUCAUGGUAUAUGAAUAGUAUAAAAGAAUUUGUUGAAUCAUCUUCUAUUCCAUUACCUGCGAAUUGGUCGUCAACAUGGUCAACUGAGAUCCAAAAUAAUUAUGUUAGUCUUGACAUUGUAUGUGGAUCAACUCUUGUUGUAAGUUAUACACAACAAGCAACACUUGGCAGUGUUGAUGUUAUUUCUAAUAUUGGUGGUCAAACAGGUCUUUGGAUUGGUAUAAGUUUUCUUUCAUUAAUGGAAUUUGCUGAAAUGCUCUUUAGACUUAUUCGACAUCAAGUUUAUCUCAUUCGAGAAAAGAUACAUAGAACAAGAAGAAAGAUUUCUGAGACAAAAUUAUAA